AUGGCCAUCGAUUUCUGGACGGGCGUUGUACCACAGAUUUGCCGCACGGAGCCAGCUGUGUGGGACGCCAUGAUUGCGAUCAGUGGCCUUUUUGAACACCCUGACCAAUGCACUGAUUUCACAUUAUUGAGGGCUCGUAGACUAAACUCGCACCAUUUGAGCGAGUCUCAACACGAGGCCUUGGCAUGGUACUCACGCUCAAUAUCCAGCAUCCACUCUCAGAUCGAGCGAGGAAAGGCAGACCCAUACAUUGCGAUCAUUAGUUGUGUGCUGUUUAUCUGCAUCGAGACUGUCCAAGGGCGUAUGGAGGAGGCAUUACAGCUAUACAAGCAAGGUGUCAGCUUGAUACUUGACUUGCGAUCUCAAGUUACAUUUGGAGGGGUGUCCGCGACAAAAGCUGCUCUUUUGGAACAUACAAUAAUCCCGCUUUUCUUACGUUUGGGCACCGUCUCCCUGACGAUUUCUGGAGUCCAACCUAGUCAGCUUUUUGCACUUGUUGAGAAAGAGACAAGCGCUUCUAUGUUUACGUCAAUCAGCUCAGCUCGAUCUGCUAUCACUGUUCUUUCUACGGAUGUAAUACUCUUCGAACGUGAAGCAAGGGUGCAUCUGGACAUUGUUGGAGGCGAAGCUUUCGUGAGUCGGGAUAUGCUUGAGAGAAAACAAUCCCUCCAGACUCGACUCAAUGACUGGAUUUGCGCUUAUAAAAGUUAUUGCCAAAUUGUUUCGGCUGAAUCUUCGUCUUCAUUGACUUUUGAGCCUCUUCUUCUUACAUACCACGCUGCAGCAUCUAUCUCGCUCUCUGCAUGUCUCACAUCUUCAGAAGCCAUCUAUGAUGCUCAUAUAGCAGAUUUUGUGACCAUCGUUGAACAGGCUGAUCUGACGCUCAGCACCUCGGCUGGUCCCGAUGGCUCGCAACCACCAUUUACCUUUGAGAUGGGCGUCGGCAUUCCUCUCUUCCUUACAGCAAUGAAAUGUCGAGAGCCAAUCUUACGACACCGAGCUCUGCGGCUAUUGCGACAAGCUCCACCGAUGCAAGGAUUCUUCAAAUGCACCCCAGUUGCGCUAUUAGCAGGAAACCUCAUGAAGCUUGAGGAAGGCUAUGCUUGUAUGAUGCAAGAAGCGAAGUCAGAGGCACACUAUUUUGAUACUGCAAGGUCUAUGAUGGAGACUUUGUCCACGCAGACGCUACCGGGUCAUAUUCCUGAGGAGGCACGUGUAUCCUUCUGUGGCGUUUUCAGACCUGCCAACGGCUUUCCUCCCGGUAUCACCGAAUGUGAUGUCGCCAGAUGGGGUCGUGGUCCAGAUCAAAUGUACUUGAAUUAUUUGAGACGAUCCUUUGACGCGACAAGUAAGUCGUGGCAACAAGUUUCUGAAAUCGUGCCACUAGAGGCCUGA